AUGUCUUCAAAAUAUCUCUCAAUUCUCAACAUCAUCAUCUUCAUCACAUCUCUCUUCACUUUCUUAUACAUAAUCACUUCUUCAUUCUCUUCACCAUCUCUUCAAACCUCAAAAUCUCUCGCAAUAAAUUCCCACUUUGAAUUUUGUCCAACAAACUUCACAAACUAUUGUCCAUGUGAAGACCCCAAAAGACAGAAAAAAUUUCCCAACAAAAAAUGGUUUAGGAAAGAACGUCACUGUCCAAAAUCAAAUGAGAGAUUAAAGUGUCUUAUCCCUAAACCAAAAGGGUAUCAAAAACCAUUUCAUUGGCCUAAGAGUAAGGACAAUGCAUGGUUUAGUAAUGUUCCUUUUACUAAGCUUGUGGAAUAUAAAAGGUUGCAAAAUUGGAUUAGAUUGGAGGGUGAUAGGUUUGUGUUCCCUGGUGGUGGUACUUCUUUUCCUGAUGGUGUUGAGGGUUAUGUUGAUGAUUUGAAGAAGCUUCUUCCUGUGAGUUUGGAUUCUGGAUGGAUUAGAACUGUUCUUGAUGUUGGAUGUGGGGUUGCAAGCUUUGGAGCAUCUUUAAUGGAGUAUGAUAUAUUAACAAUGUCAAUAGCACCAAGUGAUGAACAUGAGGCUCAAGUGAUGUUUGCACUUGAAAGAGGACUUCCUGCUAUGCUUGGAGUAUUCAGCACUCAUAGGCUGACAUUCCCUUCAAAUUCAUUUGAUAUGGCUCAUUGCUCUAGAUGCCUUGUCCAAUGGACUGCUUAUGAUGGACUAUACCUAAAAGAGAUUGACAGGAUUUUGAGACCUGGUGGAUUUUGGGUACUUUCUGGUCCACCAAUAAAUUGGAGAGUAAACUAUAAAGCAUGGAAGACAGAGGCAACAGUGUUGGAAGAACAACAGAAGAGUUUAGAGGAACUUGCAAUUCAAAUGUGUUGGGAAAAAGUUGUUGAGGGAGGACAAUUUGCUAUAUGGCAAAAACCUAUAAAUCAUAUCAAAUGCAAACAGAAUUUGAACUCAACAAAGUUUUGUAAUUCAUCUGACCCUGAUGAUGGAUGGUAUACAGAAAUGACAGCAUGCAUUUUUCCUCUUCAACAAGUGAAAAAUCUCGACGAAAUCUCCGGCGGCGCUCUUGAAAAAUGGCCUAUGAGAUUGAAUGUUGCACCACCAAGGUUAAGAAAUGAAGGUGCAACACUUGAAAGAAUGUAUAGUGAAGAUAAUAGGAUAUGGAGAAAGAGAGUAUCUAAUUAUGAAGUGAUGUUGAAAUCAUUGUCUUCUGGUAGAUAUAGAAAUGUAAUGGACAUGAAUGGUGGAUUUGGUGGAUUUGCAGCUGCAAUGGUCAAAUAUCCAGUUUGGGUUAUGAAUGUUGUUCCAUUUGAUGCAAAAACUGAUUAUCUUGCUGUUAUCUAUCAAAGAGGACUUAUUGGAACUUACAUGGAUUGGUGUGAGCCUUUUUCAACUUAUCCAAGAACAUAUGACUUAAUACAUGCUUCUGGCAUAUUCAGUAUGUAUAUGAACAAGUGUGACAUUAGUGAUAUUGUUAUUGAGAUGCAUAGGAUUGUUAGACCAGAAGGAAGUGUUAUUAUUAGAGAUGAUAAAGAUGUAAUUCUAAAAGUAAAAGAAAUAACAGAUAGAAUGAGAUGGGAAGGAACAAUACUAGAAGUUGAUGGUGAUGACAAUGGAUCUUCUCACACAAAAAUGAUUAUGGUUUUCAACAAUACAAAGUAUUAA